GUCUCGAGUUCCCCAUUGACAUCCUUGGCGCCAUGAUGUCGCCAAUGACUCCGUUUUCGUUCACUAGGUUAACCAGCCUGUGUUGGCUUUGUGAUGGGACUCGACCUUUUAAUGAAUCGGGUUUCAGUCACUAGGUAACGUGGCUGCCUUGUAUUUGUGCUGGAAAUGACAUUUUCAAUCGGGAAACAUACUGAACACAUGGUAGCAAGUUUGCUUCGAGUUUUGCUCAGCGAGGUGCUGACUAACUUGAAGAUCGAGCGAUGCUACCACUCCAGAUGCUGAUAGUUAUCCAGAUGACAUGAUCGACAUCCAGAUGACUUGAUCGACUCCAAGAAUGGUGCCCAUCAUGUACCAUCCAGCCCCGGAUCGUUGAUGGAUCCAAAGUGGCAGAUGCCUCCCUGAAGUGCAGUCUCACAAUAAACUAGAAAGCCUCGGGAUGUGCUUCGCAUUGCUUAUCGCAAGGCGAUGGGACUACUUGACUGGAGAGAUGCAGUUCACUCCUGAGCAUGAGGCGGUAGCGGUCAAUUUGGUGGCUUGGUCUACUGCCGGUUCCAGAAAGCCUCCGUGGAGAAGAUGACUUGUAUCCUGCCCUUGAAAGCACCUCUAGAAAUAGUAAAAGGAUUUUGAGGAAGCGAAGGCCAUGUCAAAGGUGGAUGUCAAAUCGGAUUCAUUGGUUGAUUCUACUGGUGCCUCAAGUCAACGCAGUGUUUCCCGUAGACCAAUGUGUGGCGCAGCAGUGAAAUGCGGUUAUAGUUUAUACAUUACGAUGUUGGCCCCCCAGGCCGUGCAUUGUGGAUCCAUUUGUUAAAAAGUUGAAAAAUGUUAAACUUUUUCGGCACCGACAGAUCCGUAAUCCAAUCAGAUCGCGUGUGCAAUGUAUCGGGCUCUUACGACCCCGGAAAGCUCCCCCAUCGCUCGACGUCCUUUGACUGACGGUGCAUUGGGCAUGAGGCGUUAACCCCGCCACACAUUGUUACCUGGUCUGUUGGAAACACUGCAACGCUACAAAGAUUCAACAUGAAGUUGUGUUUAAUGUCAAUCCAUGGAUGGUACACUUCAUUGUUGGUUUUAGCAGCUGUUGUAUAUUUUAUGUGACUGUCAAUAAAAAACUUUGAAGUGUAUUCUGCUUUUGCUUAUUAUAGUGUAUGGAAUGAUUGUAGCUGCUCAGAAAGGAUCAUUUUAGUUUACUUAUAAGGGCUGGGCUUUGCAACCAUUGCCUCGUAGUGCUAUAUGACAGCCUUUUUUUAUAUAUAUCAGUUUUCAUGAUUAGAAGUCUGCCCUGUCGGUUCGACGGUAGCUCCAAGUGCGCGCCGGUUGUCUCACAGCAACGACAUGCAUAAAUAAAAGGAGUAUUAAACAUUUUCACAGUACUGUUGUACACCUGAGCGCCAAUUAUUACAGACCCGUCUCACUUUUUUGUGCAAAGGAACAUUAAAUUAGCAUUGGCGUUUGGCGAUCUUGGAGCCGCCCUAUAUUGCAGCUAGUCAUACGGUGCGACCGGUGAUGAAAGUCGCGUUGUAUUGACUCGGUGGUCACGUGAGUUGAGCUAGCCCACCCUUUCCUCCCUGGUUCAGCUCAGAUAAAUUGGAGACGGGUUAAAUAGGGUUUAAAUGGAUAAAAGAAGGCACACUUUAACCAGCCUUCUCCCCUAACGUUAAGCUUGCGGCAUCACCAAUGAUUCUGUUUUCGUUUGUCCCAUUUCUUUGGGCUGUAUCUGCAAAAGCAGACUUCUUUCAAUUUGACAGCAUCUCUAACGCUUCUACGUACUAUUUCAAUUAUAUUUAUUGUAAUGUAUGGGACGGGGAGUGUCAGCCAAAUCAAGAAGAUGCUACCCAGCAAGUUCCUUCGAGGGACCUUUGGGCAGGAUUUCCCCAAGAAUACGUCAACGUGGUACAUCAGUGGUACUGUAGCCUGGGCCAGUGCUGUGACACUGGCGACUGCAGGAUCACCAACAAUAUGACAGGCUUGGCCAGGGACCUACAGAUGAAGCUCCACGGGCAGCACCUGGUUCAGUCCGUGGUUCUGAAGGCCAUCCAGGGCUUUACCAACAACCCAGAGUCCAACAAGCCUCUCACCCUCUCCUUCCACGGCUGGUCGGGCACGGGCAAGAACUUUGUGGCCCGGAUCGUGGCUGAUAACUUAUACCGGGAGGGGGUGAAAAGCGAAUGUGUUCGCUUGUUCAUCACCCCCUUUCACUUCCCUCACGCCAGGCUGGUAGACACGUACAAGGGCCAGCUCCGAGAGGCGAUCCGGGACAUGGUCCUAAGGUGCCCUCAGACUCUCUUCAUCUUCGACGAGGCAGAGAAGCUCCACCCCGGUCUCAUCGACGCCAUCAAGCCCUAUCUGGACCACUACGACAACGUGGACGGGGUCAGCUACCGAAGAGCAGUCUUCCUCUUCCUCAGUAAUAUCGGAGGGGCCACGAUAAACGACGUAGCGUUGGACUUCUGGCACUCAGGUCAGAACAGAGAGGACAUCGGCAUGGAGGACCUGGAGCACCGGCUACGGGCUGAGACGGUAGACUCUCAGGGUGGGUUUUCUCAGAGUGAGCUCAUGUCCGGCCACCUGAUAGACUUCUUCGUGCCCUUCCUGCCCCUGGAGUAUCGCCACGUCAAGCUGUGUGCGCGAGACGCUUUCGCCGCACGAGGUCUGGAGCCGGAGGAUGCAACGCUAGACGAGGUGGCCAAGGCCAUGCUCUACGUCCCCAAAGAGGAGAGGCUGUUCUCAGCACAGGGCUGCAAAUCUAUACCCCAGCGGAUCAACUUCUUCCUCCCAUAGAGGGAGAGAGAGAGAUGGAGAGAGAGAUGGAGAGAGAGAGAGAGAGAGAGAGAGAGAGAGAGAGAGAGAGAGAGAGAGAGAGAGAGAGAGAGAGAGAGAGAGAGAGACCUUGAGGAUGUCAGAGAUUGUUUAGCCAGCAUGUCUGCAUAUUGAGCAACAGUCGAGCUGUCAUCUCUGUCUCGCAGAAAGCCCCUCCUCCACACCCACCCACUCCCCAAACCACUAAUCCCCAAACCUUCACUCCUCCAGAAGCCUCCUGGUGUCUCAACGAAGGGCCGGAGAGCAGGAUCAUUCAGGAAAGACAGUGUCGCCCCCUGCAGACAUGGACAAUGUUGCUGAACAACAGGUCUUCGUGUGCAGUGUGGUUGCGUGUCGGCGGUGGCCUGUAGCAAAUCUAUACACAGCCACCAAGACAGGAACAAGAAUAGAAAAGGCACUGACAGGGUUAUGCCGCGUUUCCACUGCAGGGUGCGGUACGGUUCGGUUCGCCUCAGUCCGGUAGGGAGGGGGCGGUAUAGCCCAGCUCAGUUCCGGGGUCGCGUUUCCACCGCCGACUGUACCCUUUAUGGUAGGCCGGAUGUCGAUCGCCGCGGCAGCUACGUAAACAUUGUGACAUAAUAGCAGCGCGACACAGUGUAGCCUGCUCAAUAAAAACUCUGCACGUCUUCCUCCCCAAGAAUGCAGAGGAACGUCUCCACCUCCUUGUUCGCCCAAGCAAGCGUUUUACGCGACAUGUUCAUUGUAAAGAAUAAUACCUCGAGGCUACUGUUUGUUUGUUUUUAUCCCCACGUCGCCCGGAAGUGACGAUUCUGUCGACCAAUCAACGGAGGGGGUGUGUAGCUCGAAUUCUCCGGCACCCUUUCAGGCGUCUCAGUACCCCAACGGAGGAGUACUGAAGACGAGGGCAAAACGAGUACGGCUCAGUCCGGGUCACGCCCACUUUUGGCGGUGGAAACGCAAUCCGUACCGUACCUUUGCGAACCGAACCGUACCGCACCCUGCAGUGGAAACGCGCCAUUACUGCCAAUCGGGGAAGACAAUGGAAGAUGUCUAUGGUUAUUUUGAUACGUCACACUGUUUUUCUUUUCCCACACUUAGACGUAUUUAUGUAUUUAAGUUUACAUUGGACUCAAACGCUGUGUAGUCCUUGCCCGUCAGGAUUUGUGCAUGUUUUAUAUUGAUUGUCUAUGUGCUAACAACCCUAUUUGGAGCUACCAAUACAUUUGCUUUUAAUGUUAACUUCCAUAAUGGGUUUCCUUUCAUCACAUGCAUUUUGUGUUGCAUAUUUCAGUUGUGUAUUAGACGGUUUGUUGGUUAAUAUAAUGAAUGGAUCUAGGAUGUAUUGUGUGAUACAAAGUUAUAUGGCCUGUCGGACAUGACAUUCUUACUCUUGAGAAAAAAGAAAAGAUCUAUAUGGAAAUCAUCCUGUUGUUGUGUGUUCUUUCAAUGGAUUUGAAUGAUUGCCCAACAGGGCUGCACAGGGAUAUUUGCCUGUUCCUUAGGUUUUGUAAGGGCUUGGAGUGAAUUGAGUUGAUAAAUAAAAUUAGCCUACUUCCCUCCAGGAAACUAUUAGAGCAGCAACAGUGAUUUAACCAGAUCAGCAUUUAUUAACGCAACUAAUUGUCUGAGAGUCAGUAAGUAUACCACUUUAUAUGCACUAAUUGUAUUUUGUAUUUUUUUUUUAUCAAUCAUGAUCGGAACCUACGGUGAAGGUGGAUAACCUACUGGGCAUUGCCUGCUGUGUCAAUAUACAUCGAAAGCUAAAUCCUCGUAUUCUCUGUAUAUAACAGCUUAAAAUCAUUGAGUUUAAUACGGUUCACGUUUUUAUUGACCGCACCGUUCUUAUCUCACUCAAUAUACACAAAUCAGGCACGCAUGACUAUAUGGCCAUGCAUAACCCCUGCAAGAUGCUAUUAUUUUUAUAAAAUGUAAUUCGGAUGGAUGGCCUCUGCCUGCUAU